AUGACAGAUUUUAUUGAUAAUGGUUCGGCAACAAUCAUGUCACCUGAAUGUCCAGUCUCAAUUGUGAUUACAACUGACGAUGAAAUUUGUCAAUUACGCACACCAAAAUAUCGUGGAUGUAAUGCUAUGAGCAGCGACUCAUCUGAUGAUGAAGACAUUGUUUUGCACGAGAGUCAGCCGAAUACACCGACUUUGCAGCCAGAUAAAUCAGAUUCUGUUCACACCAUACAUUCACAACUAUUGAUGAAGCUACUCUCGCCUGAAGGUGUAUUAGUUAAUACAAAAUUAGAUUCAAAUGACACAGGCGAAAAACGAACUGUACGUGGCAAACAUGAAAUACGACCUAUCCGUGGCACAACACUCUAUAUUGCCGAAUGCAAUGUUGAUACUCGUUUUGGUGAUUUUCACGCAUAUAUGUUUCAAGAUUUGAUUGGUAAACAUUAUAUUAUAGCUUUAACUUAUGGAAAAAUUAAAGAAAAAGACAAACCAUUUUAUAUUCGUCUUCAUUCAUCGUGUGUAACAAGUGAGACAUUACGUGGAUGUGAUUGUGAUUGUGUACAACAGUUAGAAGGCGCUAUCAAAAUAAUAUCUGAAAAACAACAAGGCAUUCUAUUCUAUCUUUUACAAGAAGGUCGUGGUGCUGGUUACGUUGGAAAAUCACGCGAUCGAAUGCUUGUACAAGCAUCAUGUGAUCAAAUUUCAACAUUCGAAGCAUAUCAGGUUAUGGGCUUGAAGAAAGAUCAUCGACAUUAUGAAAAUAUAGGACAAAUUUGUGAUUUACUUGGUAUUGGUAACGCUCAAUUUGUUUUACUUACGAAUAAUCCUGAUAAAAUUCAAGCCAUGACUGAUCUUAAAUUGAAUGUAAUAAGCACUGUGCCACUUGAAUUUGACUCAUCACCAUUCAAUGUUGCCUAUUUAUCAUCUAAACAAGCUAGUGGUCAUUUGUUACGCAGUGCCAGUCAUUCAACACUUCGCGGUAAAUCAGCACCAGAACCGGUACCUCUUUUCAAGCCAUGCAUAGUACCCAAUGCUCAACGUUUCAUUUAUUGUGCUUCGUACUAUUUGCCUAUGAAACCAAUCAAUGAUGAAAUUCUUCUGACUGAGCAACAAUUUUAUGAAAUGUUUAAAUAUCGACCGAUUGAUUACUAUAUCAAUAUGCCAAAUCCCUGUGUACUUCAUUAUCAAGCUCUACGAAACAAUAGAUUCUUAGUCAAAAUUGACGUCAAUAAUUUGCGAAAGCAUGAAGAAAAUUGUCAAAAUGAUCCUGUAUGUGAAUUACUAACAACACCAUAUUGGUUUAAGGUAAAUUGA